AUGUGUUUUAAUUAAUGUCAUUAAUUAUAUCAUUUUGGUCUUUUACAAAAGCCUAUUAGGUUUUUAUUUCAUUUUAUGUUCUUGCAAUUGCAAAGCUUGAUUGUUGUGUAGCCACCACAGCUUUUCGUGGCCUUAUCACAUCCCUUACUAAUAAUAUAGACGCAAUUCUUGCAGGUGGACAGAAAACUAGCUGGAAACAAUUUAUUUUACAUGUCUUACUUGAUGCGUGGCUGGGAGGGAUUGUUGGGUUACCGGGAGGGCUUGCAGAAAACACGCUCCAAGGCGUGGUUUCAGUAGACGAUGCACUGAUAACGUUUGAAACAGUUUCUUCUAACAUAUGUGAUGCUAUUGAAGAUACAACGACAAUAGCAGUGGAAAGUUUUGCUAACUUUGUCAAGGAACGUCUUGAUGACGAUGUCGAAAAUAAAGCCAUAGUGGACCAUAUAAAAAAUGGUGCAACGCAUGCUGCAAUGGCAGUUGGGAAGAAUUUGGCAAAAGUUGCUAAGAAAGUCGCGAAGAAAGUCAAUGACGGGGGGAAGGCACCAGCAAUCAAUGACGAUUCAUCAUCAAGAUUCACAUGA